AUGCAGUUCCACGCUCUCACUCUUGGCUUGGUGGCCCUCCUCUCCACUACCAACGCAUCAAUCGUUUCUGCCCUCACCUCCUCCUUGGCGAACGUUGUCGAAUCGAAACUCAGUUCCAAGAUUGGCGGAGAAGCAUCAUCUUUCGCGGCGACGUACACUGGUGUCGGAUCGGGAGCUCUUUCGUCUGCUGUGCAAAGUCCGUCUGCUGUCUUGUCGCAGGCUUCUAAGGCAUCAAGUCUGGUGGCUGGUGCGACGAGUAGUGCUGGGGCACAAUCGAAUCAGUUUGCGCAGGCUGGUUUGGGUGCGGGAUUGGGAGCUGCUGCUGUGGCUGGGUUCUUGGCCGUGGUAUAA